GCAGGUGUUGCGGCAGCAGCAGCUUUGGGUUUCAAUGUGCUGCCGAAACAGUCCAGCUAUGCGCCGAAUGCUCCAGCUCCAGGACUCCGACCAUCGCUCAAUGCUCCGAUGGCUUCUGCUGGUACAAGCUCUACCGCGCUGGGCCACCGUGUCUGUGUGCAGUAUCUCUGCUUCACCCGGUGCGACCGUGGCAGCAAUUGUCCAGAGGCGCACAUCAUGGACCCCGAAGAAGAGAUGCGAGUCCGCGCAAAGUUCAAGAUGCAGGAGUGCAACCAAGGUGCAAAUUGCACCCGCACGAGCUGCCUCUUCAGACAUCCUGGCGAGCGGGUAGAAGAGGCCAGUUUGUCUGGUGGGCAGAUGGCGCAGAAGGCAACAUCCCAAAGCGGUCUCAUGCGCUGA